GAAAUGAACACAUCAUCUGUCAACAUCACCGUGGUUACAGUCUACCGAGAUCCCUUUGUCAAAGCUGUGGCCAAAAAUGUGACUGUCAUGAUUCUGGGGAUCUCCAUCAUCUACAUCAAUGCAAGCCUCAUUCACACCUUCAGAAAACACCAGAUAUUCUACACGAAUCCUCUGUACAUCCUUUUCAUCCACCUGGUGGUCAAUGACACGAUCCAACUGAUGCUGACAGUCCUUCUCUUCCUCCUGAGCUACAUCAUCUACAAAAUAAAUGUCCCCAUCUGUUGUGCAUUAACACUGAUUGCACUUUUCACCACUGAAAACACUCCUUUGAAUCUGGCUUGCAUGGCGAUGGAGUGCUACAUCGCCGUCUGCUUCCCCCUUCAUCACACUCAGAUCUGUACGGUCAGGAGAACACGAAUGCUGAUUGGGCUCAUCUGGUUUGUAAGUGUGUCUUCUGUUCUUCCUGAUCUCUUCUUCACGUUAGCCACUGAGCCUCUGAACUUUUUUAAAACCAAAGUGUUCUGUCUCAGAGAGAAUGUAUUUCCAAGUCCUCACUUGAUCAGGAAGAGAGACAUUACCUACAUAGCGUAUCUAAUUAUUGUGAGUUUGACUAUUGCUUACACUUACUUCAGGAUUCUGUUCACUGCAAAGUUGGCUGACAAAGGUGCAAAGAAAACCAGGAACACGAUCCUACUCCACGGCUUCCAGCUGCUGCUAUGUAUGAGUGCAUAUGUAACUCCACUGUUAAAAGCUGCUCUAAAAGAAUGGUUCCCUGAGAAUUACCCAUACUCCCUCUUUGCUUGUUACAUUAUUGUGCAGAUUUUGCCGCGAUCCAUCAGUCCAAUAAUUUACGGCGUCAGAGACAAUACCUUCAGGAGGUACCUCAGAAAGCAACUGUUGUGUGAAGGGAACAUACAGUAG